GAGGGCUUGUUAUAUGACCUGAAAGAUUCACGCAUUUAUGUAGAAACCAUGAAGAUGUCAAAAGUCUGCCUGCAUUUAUCAAGGUUUUCUUUGGGUCACGAUGUUUUUCCCAGCAGAACACAUGCGAAUUUAAGGAUGCUGUGCUUAACGUCAAAGCUUAGUGCAAAGUCCAGAGAACCUCCAGAUGAUAAUGAAGCAUCCAAGCCCAUCCAGUUCUCAACCAGCAGAGCCAGUCACCGGACCUGGAGAGUGGACCGUUCGAUGGGCAGCACGUACCAGCGGCCCUGGUGGAGGGUUCUGCCCAUCAGCCUUGUCGGAGUCGGCUUCAUCGUCUGGUGCUUUUUCAGGGGAGAGACCGAGGUCGACGAGUCUCUGGAGAAAAACCUCUAUGAACAUUUACCAGGACUGCUUUCCGAUGAAGAACAGGAGGGAGUCGGUGUCAAAAACAAACCCUCGUAGUGGCUUAAAAUGGACAUUUUUGAUUUGGAAUUUUUAUUGUUCAGGGUUUUUUUUUUUUUUUUUCACUGAGAAUGAUCAAAUCAACCGUCCACAUUCUGUGCUCUUGAAAGUGAAUGUAUCAUCUGCAGCUGGAUUUAUAGUGAAGACUGUAAAGCCAGCAGCAUUGUAUUGAGUCCAUAAAGGAGAAAACUAUAAUUUGUAAUUGUGGUGUGUCUUAGUUUGAAUGCAAUCAGGGAACCAUUGAGUACACCUACAAAGUCACCAUAGAAAACAUUCUUCAGCCAAGGAAAUAAUUUCAGUAUCAUAAUUAAAGUGGGCAUGCAAAAACUACUUGUGACUUAUGAACCACAGAAAAUAAAACCUAGUGACAAUUAACUAGUAAACAAGUCACUCCAAAAACAAAUUUUAUAGGGUUUUAAAAGGGCUUGCUUUUCCAUGUUCUUCAUACAGAGACAAAUGUUUAAGUUAACAUGCUACUAGCUUUGUUCACUAAAGCAACACUUAUAGGACCUAAAAUGGUAAGAGCAACAGCUUGUACAGGUCAAAAACACUGCACCUUAAAAACUGCUAAAGCUGAAAUAAUGAACAGCAAACAACACUGAGGUAGUGGAAAGUUUAUUUACAACCAAAUGGCCACAAUAGAAGAGAAACCCAAUAUAAUAACAAUAGAAAUAAAAGGACUCUAAUUCAUCAUGAAGCAUGCAGACUAGGCAGAGGUAUAUGAAAGUCUAAAAUACAAACUUUAAAACCCUGAGGAGCUCCCGGAAUGUUCUGACGCUGCCCCCCUUCUAUCAACUUGAACCACAAGAUACCCCUCCCCUACCGCAACUACCAAAAAAUACAAAAAAAUAAACUUAAAA